AUGGCUGCUCUCCUACAUGUAGCAUUGCUCGGCAGGGACCGCUUGCAGGCAGACCGGCUUGGCUGGCUCAUGGGCAAUCUGGGCUUGGAGGCUGCCCCGCUGGACGAACCUAUGGAGACAUCGCUUCCAGAAGAUCACGGGCUCCUCCAUCCACCGAUCGAGACCAGCGAUCCAUUGCUUCACGGGUCAUUCAGCGCGGAUAUGCUGGGGUGUAUGGUCUGCGAGAGCCUCACCACGCGGCCCUGUAGCCUGUGUGGUCGAGACUACUACUGCAGCGAGCGAUGCCAGGAAAAGAUGGGGUGCUAUGGUUGGUCGGUUCAACAGAAACCUGUCGGGGCCGGGCGGCCAGGGCGCCCGGGUCUGCUCGUUUCUUUUCGUACCCCCGUGGCGGACUACGGGUCGGACCCCCAGAGGGCGCCGGUCGUGCCUAUGCACUUGGCGGGGUCGCGGGCAUGGAGUCCAGUGGGCGGCGCCUAUACCGGAGUGGGCAGGGCGGCAACCCGGCUGCCGGCCUCAUGGGCCCUGUCCUCGUUGGAGACCCUGGAUGCCUGGAACGGCCUCUCCGGGGCCACCCAGUGCUCGGUAGGGGAGCUACAACGCACCAGUAUAUAA